GCGAACGCUUGUUAUAUUGUUGACUGCUAAAAUAGCAUUUAGUUAAAAUUUAACUGUGUAUAUUUUGAGUUGUGUGAAAUUAAUAAUUCACUUGCUUUAACUAUUUAAUUAACCAACGAAUCAAUGUGCUUCUUUUGUUUGUUCUAUCCGAACAUGUGAAUACAAGACGGAGUAUAUAAUGGAGUUUCCGAUAAUACUAACAGUGUUGACUUAUUUAUAGAACACAUUCUAUCAUUGACCAGCAGGACAUGAUUACCGAUGUCGAGUCUUUCCUGCAUUGUAAUGAUAAAGCGUGGCAACAAAUUUAUAAUCAUAGGACUAGUAGUGGUAUGCAUUUUUGUGUUUGUUCCUCAUCACAUGAGGGGAGAGGCUGUUCCCCGUAGGCUGGACAUGUUGCCGCGUGCGGACGGAAGGGCUGUAGUAAGUGAUCCAGCGGAAAGGCUACUACUUUAUUGGAAGCCAUUUAAUGGAAAUGUUUUUUUAAAAGCAGAACAGAGCUGUUUGAAAUCGUGUCCAGUGAAAUGUAACAUAACGGAUGACAAAAACAUGUUCUAUGAAGCUGAUUUAAUCAAUUACCACUUGACGGAUUUAUGGCCGGACAACUGGCACAUCGAUACCUCGAAGACGAUUGAAUUUCCGGCAUAUCGCCGAAAGGAACAGAUAUGGGUGCUAACUAACCAAGAGCCUCCUUCAAACUUGUUUGGAAAUCUCAGGGUUUUUGAUAGACUGUUUAACUGGACUAUGUGGUAUCGAACUGAUUCAGUGGUUCCUUUCCAGUAUGGUUGGUCAGUUGCUUUGACAGAAGAUGAGUCGUCAAGUUCAACAAAAGAUUUGAAAAGACGUAACUUUUACCGAGAGAAAAGUAGAAACAUUACUGGUAGGAUAAGUAACUGUGGGGAUGCCUCGAGGAGAUACAGACUGGUUUACAAAAUGCAACAACAUCUAGAUAUCGAUAUGUAUGGCGGAUGUUACUCCAAAAAAUGCUAUCAUGAAAACUGCAACCAACCUUUAGAAGAAUACCGAUUCUACCUAGCCUUUGAGAACUCACUGUGCACUGAUUAUGUCACUGAAAAAUACUGGGAUGCUAUAAGUAGGGAUCAAAUUCCAAUUGUUAACUGGGAAUAUCAGCAUGUGAAAAAUGUAGUUAUUCCUAAUUCUUUUAUCAGUGUUCAUGACUUUGGAGACAUCGAGUCUUUCGUUGACUACUUAGAACAGGUGAUGACAAAUGAAACUCUUUACAAUAGUUAUUUCGACUGGCGAGGCCACUUCCGAACGGAGCGGCGCUGCUCUAGUUGUCUGCUGUGCCAGGCCCUUUACGCAGAUACCUCGAGACGGGUUGUGGCCGACCUCGAAGGCUGGGUACGCGCGGACAUAUGUCCCAAAGUACAGGAGUUGAAUAAGCUGGUGUUGGAUAUCGAUCGACGACUCUUCGAGUGGGGGAUAUGAUCUACUAAUGUCAAUAGUCUCUGACCUGGCAUUCUGCUGAAAUAUCGACCGAUGUACCAACUAAGAAGUGGUGGAUGUUUCAAAUGAUCCCACCAUUUGCGACUGUUCUGUGAUUUCCGUAUUGGUUCGGGAAAGGAUAUUCGAAGUAAUGCACCAGUAAUACCCCGGAUUUUGGGAUGUGUUAAUUUCACAUAACAUCUAUAUACUGUUUUCAAACUAAAGAUAUUCUUCCUGAAAAGCUAAAUUUUCACAGUAAACAUAUCAUUAUAGAAGCCAUAACAGUUUAUGAUAAUAAUAAAUCUUUAAAUGGAAUACUGUUUACAGUACCUGGCUGUCUUUUUGCAAUAUUGUGCAGAUAUACUUAUUACUUCCGAGGUACAUUAGUAUAAAGGGAUGGUGGCAUGAAACAUUUGUGACUUGGUGCAUGUGUUUUACAUGCACAUUAACUUCAGAGAAAUCAAAGAUCAAAGAGAUAUGAUGAUGAUGGAAUUAUGUCGAAAAUCGAUCGCAUAGUCACUGGAUCGAUGUAUUUCUACCAGGUUGUAAAUCCUUAAAAAAUGGAAAAAUAUAUUGGAACAUCAA